CAGCAACAUAGCCCGGGUGAUACCGCUUUGAUCGAGAAUUUUCACAGUCUGCUGACCAGCAUAGAAGAACUUUACGAGACAGAAAAGUUUAAUGGACCAGAAGAGAGAUUUUUUAACAUAGUAGAGAAGGUUUCAAGCAACCGACCGGUUAGUAAAACAGCUUUAGUUGUUGUUAUUUCUACUAAAUUUCUACAAAGGGAAAGAAGGAGUAAGGAUUACCACGAUCGGUUAGUGCGCAUGCGCGGCCGGCGUUCUCUGCGGGAAGUUCCGAGUUCAAUUCCCAGGUGUAUCGACUUCUUUGCUUUCCCUGCAGAGCUCCGUACUAGUGGAGAGAGAGAGGUCGGCCUCAGGAUUAUCAGUUUAAGUAAUUUUAUGAGUUGCGACGUAAAAAUUGGAUCUUUUUAGUUUCCCUAUAAGACGGGGUGACCUUUGGAACCACACUGUGUGUCUGUCUUAGAGAGAGUCAUCUAAAAGAAGAAAAAAAGGAAGAGUCCAACUCUGAGUUUCCGUUUUAGUGAGGUGUCCGUCUUAUAGAGGCGUCCGUUAAGAAAGAGUUGAAGUAUUUUUCUCAGACUGAAAAAAGGUAGUCAGUGUUUUUUCAAAUCAAUUUAAAAUGCAUCCUGUUUUUGAGAAUCGUAAGCAUGCUUUUAUUGAUUUGCAGGAGCGAUCUCUUCAUAUCCUUGUGUCCUUCAGAGCUCAGGCAGUGCACCCUGCCCAAGUAGGGUGGCUAACAAACCUUCACAGCCUAAUGGAAAAGUAUUUCAGGUACAUGACGACGUUAUACGAUAUAAGACGUUGUAGGAAAAACGUUAUAAGGGACUUUAAGAUCCGACGAGGGGACCGCAACGAGAUCGUCAAAAAAAAAAAAUAAAAUAAAAUAAAUAAAUAAAUAGGUUUUUAAUAGGCAAAACCUAAAUUUUGCACGUUCAUUACAAGUUUUGUACAUUUAUUUGCAACUUGGGGAGCAAGGGUGGCGCAGUGGUGAGAGCACUCGCCUCCCACCAAUGUGGCCCGGGUUCAAAUCCCGGCGUCGACGCCAUAAUUAUGUGGGUUGAGUUUAUUGCUGGUUCUCUCCCUUGCUCCGAGAGGUUUUUCUCUGGAUACUCCGGUUUUCCCCUCUCCUCAAAAACCAACAUUUCCAAAUUCCAAUUCGACCAGGAAUCAGGUAGACGAAGAACCACUAUGUGGAUGUGCUACCUGUAAAUGGUUAUUCAUUUAUUCAUUUAUUCAUUAUUCAUUUGCCGUUUUCAUUGCACGACUACGACGUGAAAUAGACCUCUUUAGCCUUUUCCCAAUAGAGGUCCCAGAGGAACUUGACCCUUUGUCUUUUCAGAAAUUAUUCGUAGAUAUGCACGUGAAGAAGACGAAAUUUGAAAGAAACAGUUCUCUAGAGUGUUAUCACAUGACCUGUCUUGGGAAAACAAACAUACAAGCUAAAGAAGUCUAUUGCCAAAUUUUAAGUGUUAUGGAAAACGUAAACAAGCGACGACGAAAUUAUACUUCUCUUUCUGGGACAUCGUUCCUGGGAAUUCAGCUCAAGGAGCGAUUAAGACUGAAAGAACUCAAAUUCACUUUCGCUGCUAUCUCGUCCUUGGAUCUUAAAUUCCGACCUUAUUGUUUCCUUGAUCUUUUUCAGAUAUGAAAUCCGUACUAGCAUAAGAGAGAGGGUUCUUUCUGUGUUGUCUUCCCUGUUAGCAUCAUACGGCCAUUGGUAUGAGGUAAGUGGAACUAAUCAGCUUACAUAGUAGGGGAGUUUGUGGUUAACGACUGCCUAAGUUGUUGUAUUCACACUCCACGUCGGAGUUUGUUUAUUUCAAACUUUUGUUUCGAUAACAGAGAAUAAAAAUAACGUUAGUGCACCACGUACAAAUUAGGAAACCUUGUGAAUUUCAAUCCAAUUUUUUGCACAGAAACAGGUUAUACUACUCAGGGCAGAAAAAAUUUGAAUUCCAGCUUACCCUUAGGAUAAGCGGCACUCAAAUUUUGCUUGUCCAGGGCCCUUGCGUCCUUUCCAAGUUUAUGAUUUAUUUAGAAGACGCCCUGCCUGGGGCUUUGUCCAUCGCUGGAAUAAGCAUGCAUGGAAAGUUACUUGGAAAUUUGCUUUUCUCGGAUAACCUGCGACACAGACGAACCUAAACCUCUGGUUAAAUCCGUCUGCGAGUCAGUGACAAAGUCCUUGUUCUGGGGCCACCACCUUCGUACCAGAAUUUGAGUAGGCGCCAUGAUUAGUCCGUUAAAAAAGGCCGUUAUCAAUUUUCCAAUCAGAUUGAAGGGAAAUUCGAAACGCACCUCCAGUAAUUCGUUGAGCUAGGUGGCUGAGGGAUCAAACAAGGAUCUCGGCGCUGUUUCCCAGACGUUACUGGCCAGGGUAAGAUUACGUCUCUGAGGCAAGCUAUGACUCGGACGACCGGAUGGGACGUUUCUCGAGUCUUGCUACCACCAGGUCAAAAAUUAUACAAAUGAACAAAACAAAAACACGAGUUGGAAUCUGAACUGAUAACAGAAGGAUAAUGUGGAAUUUUUUUUAACAGGAAGAGCUUCUAGAGUCAGCGGUGUUGCCAUAUCUGAGUCACAUAUCCGAGGACCAAGAUGUCACAGUGCGUGACGCUGCAGUACAGAUACUUAUUGAUUUGUGUCUGAUGUGUGACUCGCAGAAGUGUCAAGAUUUCCUCGACAUUAUUGAGAAGGUAUGUUUCUUCAAUUCCUAUUCCUGGUGUAUUGUGUUUUCAGCUGAGUUCAUAAGAUGAGUUUGCAACCUUAAGAGAGAUUCAAAACCUAACGCUUCGAUCGCUUUCGCAGCGUGAAUCCAAUUUCGUGCUACCGCGAAAUUCAAUUUGGUACCUUUUGUCGGAGCGAAUUCAACUCCAUAGCAUCAAAAGCUCGGCGUUGGGAAAAUCAUUAAAUAUCGCAAAUCUGAUAAAAGCCAAACUAAAAAUGUCGUUGGCAAUCGAAUAUAUCUUUUAAAGGUUAUUAUCUUUUUUAUGUUACUUUUUUACUUUUUCUGACUGACAAGUUGCAAACAGGUUUGAGUUAUAGUCAUUUCUUGCGCUUGGUUCCCGUUAGUAACCACGACGGCAACGGCAAGGAGAACUUUAGAAAAGCAAUGGUUUUAAUGAGCAAACAACUCUGCACUUGCAUUACAUUUUUGGUACAUUUCUUUCCCUUCCCUUCACGAAGGCUUUGCUCAUGUCAAGUUCUUGUGACGACGUCAACGCACGGCGACGAGUCUUUCUUUCUCUUUGCGAAUUUUUGUUCGGUCCUUCAGAAUUCAAUGCUAGAAAAAAAAUUGCCUUAGAUUAACAAAUUGAUCGGAUUGGAAUAAUUGCGAAUUGUCUUUAAAAUUUACCUUUCGCUUCGGUUGCCGUCGUUGUUGCUGAAGGUCUCUGUUGAUUAUAGCAGACUCAGAUUUCAUUCAUAUAUUUUAUUUGUUACCCUCUAUUGAAAAGUAUUAUUACAGUCUGACUAUAAAUAUGUGCAAUACAUUACAAGAACAAAGUAUAUAAAUGAUUCCUGUAGCAGGACCAGUAUUCUGAGUCCAAAAAUAACCAAGAAAUAAAGGUACAUGUACUGCCCAUUGGCGAGAGUAUAGUGGUCCCGUCUCUAGCAGGAGACAAAAAACAGUGUCCCCGUUUAGUACCGUCACUCACAUAAUUGUAAUAAUAACAACCAAAUGCGCUGUUCUUCUUUUUUUUCCCAGGUUAUCAGUAGACAUGUGGAGCUACAAGGAAAAAGCUAUCCACUUGAACAACAGCAACAGGUUAUAGCCUAUAAUACUAUGUUCGAAUAGCACUAUUUUCAAAAAGGCAGGAAAAUGUGAACACGUUUUAAGGAUCCAGUACAUCUCUAUAACAUUCAGCUCGUUGUGCUGAUCAGCUAAAUGAAGUCAUUUUUGGUACCCACGAAGGUCUCUUAUUCCGCAUCAGUGAUCCUCGUAUACAUGUAUACAAAAGAGAGUAUUGUCUUUGUUUUUAAGUGCUUUGUUGGGUUCAUACUCGGUGUAAAAAUCUGUGAAACUCACGAGUGACGUAAAACAAUGAAUACAAAGAGGCUCCUGAGAAGUCAACACAAUAGAUUCAAGGAAAAUGACAGCUAGAAAAAACUUCACAGGUUUUUACCCCGAUGAUGACUCCUUCUGUUGUUCUUUCAUCUAUAGUUGGUGCAAGAAGAAAAAGAACUAAAGGACAUCAAAACAGCAGUCAGCGGAUUGGUGGAAGUUUUUAAGGUAAGGAGACUGGCCGGGUAACGUUUGUGCUAGACUGUUGACAGUCCCCUAUUUUUCGUAAGAUCGACAGGAUCGAGCUCUUACCUGUAUCGGCCAUCUUGGUUUCAUAUGUACCCAGAGGCCAGGCGUCGGGGUGUUAAGUAGUUUUGACACUCAUCCAAGAUGGCUGCCCGUUACGCAAAGUACUCGAUCUCGACGAUCUUACGGAAAAGUAGAGGACUGGAAAGAGUCUAUGUUUGUGUUACCAAAAAGUGGUUUUAUAUUGAGCAUCGUAAACCCAAAACCAAACCAAAGAAAUAACUAUGACCCAUUACAAGCACUUGUGCAAGUUAGCAAUUCUUGAAAAGUUAUUUUACUGCCAGUGCUAAGCAUCAACAUCAUCCCUCACCCCUUUCCGGAACGAACUUCGUGACCGACCAAAAAUUUUAUCCUGCAGCGACUGGUCAGUCACUUAAAAGCAGCAUAGUAACUUUUAACCAUGGAUGUGAAAAUACAGGCUAAGAAUGCGGUGUGCAAUCUAGUGUCAACACAUAUUUACUUUUGCGUUGGUUCUUUUGCAACUUUUCACCAGAACCAAGUUAUUUACUUUGCGACACGCGCUCCCCGCGCUAAUAGGCCAGUUUCGAAUUAUCAAAAUUCGCAGUUUGGCUUCGAGGCUGAGGGGAAUAAAACGAAAGAAAUGAAUUAUUUAUCACUGAAUUUCAAUGCGUUUUCAUUUGUUUUAACCCCUCAGCCUCCGUGCUAAGAAUGAAUCUUAAUAAUUUGAAACUGGUCUACUGGGGCACCCUCAAGAUUAAGUUCAGAUUGAUUUGUGGGAUUGUCUGAGUGUAGGAUUCUCAAUACUUAGGUGUUCAAAAUAUUACAUUGGGCAGCUGAAAGCGAGGCUCUUAUGGUUGUUACGGGGCUUAGCCCACCCGGAUAUGCAUCAAAAAGGACGCUCGUCUUGUCUUAAGUAAUAAGCGACCUUCUCUCAUAUGUAGCACAAAAGAUGUCUUCGCGGCUUAAAUGAGACGCAACGUAGCUAAAAUUUCUGUUUAAUGUAAAUUGAAUUGUUCGUUUUAUCGACAGCACAAGUUGUACCGUUUGCCUCACGGCCACGCUGUUCGUACAUUUGAACUGUUGGUGUCACACAUGAAAGCACAUUAUUACCAUGGAUAUAGCACUGACAUUGCCAGCGUUAUAAGAAACUUGGUAUGCUUAAUUUUGUUUCUUGCAUAGAAGAAAAUACCGUAAAUAGAAAAGUAAAUAAGUUAAUAAAUUAAUGAAUAAAUCGUCACAUACAAAGCAGUUCGAAUGUAAGACUUUACCUGUUGGACUUAAUUUGUGGUUAACUAUAUUGAGCGUAAAACUGUGAAAGGUUUGAAACCCAGGAGUCAUUUCAUAGGUAGGUUGAGUAUGAUCGUCCGGGUGAACGUAGUCCUGAAUAGGACUGUUGUUGACAGUGACUGUGGUUUCGACAAUCUAUGCGGUAGUCAUCUUGAGAGUCAAAGUGAGUUGUAUCACGCCAGUUUAUGGUAUUAAACUCUGGCCAUUGACCUGAUUGGUCAAUGAAGUUGCGAUGUUAUUGGUCGUCUGUCAGUUAAGCCGUGAGGUUGUUGGUUAUUAAGACUCGUAAUGUCAUUGGUACGUUUCGAUCCGUCUAUUGUAACAGUUAGACAGUCGUUAAUUGUUAGUUAAAUUGUCAGUUGUCCAGUCGUUCUCUCGUAGUUAGUUUUGCUUGAUUCCGUCAAUAAGUCGUUUGUACGGCGCCGGUAACUGUUGACGACGAUUCAGUGGCAUUUGUUCUAGGUUAGUAAACCAGCUUUCUAAAGUGAGUCGUUGAUAGUAGUCUUGUAACUGCUCUGUGGUAGUAGCCAACUCGAAAGCUUGGCUCCUUUGGCUGCUACACACUCUUCCUUUUUUAUGUUUAAUUCAAUGUAUAGUUAGCUCUGUUUUUUACUUCUUCCUUUUUUUUCCUUAUUGUUGUAUUGUAAUUGAAUAAGUUUGAAUAAAUGAACUUGAACUUGAACUUGAACUUGUAGAAUACGUAAUAUAUGUCGCAGAGUCCAUGUCGAUUUGAGAUUUUGUCUGUAAAUGGUGCUCUGCAAUGUGAUUGUUGCCGUUUCAAACAUUUCGUUGCGAUUGGUGCGUUUCGAACCGCUUUUUGUCAUUGUAAAAUCGGUCGUCUUGUGAGUAAAAUUGGCGUUUUUUGGUAAUGUGAUAUCGUCAGUUUUGUUGAAACGUCAAAAAACUAAAGAAAAAAAAAUAACUGAAUAAAUUGAUACAGUCUAUAAGGUGAACAUAGGGCUAACGAACUAUACGUAGUGCUUCUCUGUUAUCUUUAAUAUCUUUGAUACUUUCAUUUGGUGAAGAAUUGAUCCUGGUAAUGGCUAUGACAACUUUAAAUGGAUUGAGACAGUGUCCACUCCAGAACCCAAUGUACUGUUUUAAUGCCUGAUCCCCAAAAAUGUUAUUGUAACUGAGAUUUUCAGUUGUAAAAAGUUUGGACAUGAUGUUAUAAAUAAAGUGAAUGUCCUUUUCUUUCGCUUCACUCUUAUCAAGUAUCAAAUGUACGUGUCAAAACUCUACAGACUGAAAGCUUGGUAAAACUGUGUAAAAUAAAUCACCUUUUAAGUUAUGACAUUAUAACAUUACUGCAAGCUUCUUACAAGUAUACCUUAUUUUCAGGCGUUUGAGUGUUUUCUUAGUUUGCGAUGUGAUUCCAGUUUACGUCUUGGUUUAUGUGAUAGCAAAGCGGAGGGAGGCGGCGGAAAGUUCAGUCCUUACUUUACUUGCACGCACAGGUAACCUUGCAGGUUUAAUUUGAAAACGUUGCCUACUCCAUUAUUAGAAAGCCAUAUUGUUUCAAAUGUAGUGACGUAACUUUUUACUUUUUUUCCCUUAAGUGAUGCUGAUACGAAGGCAUUGUCACAUCUUGCGCUGAUAAAUUAUUCAGAAGUCUUUGAAGUGAUAUUGAAUUGUUUGCAAUAUGUAAGUUAUACACAACAUUUUGUUCACUUUUUCUCUAGUUUAACUCAAGCUUCCCUGAUAAAACAGUGAUCAACCUAACGUCAACCGAAGGAUCAAAGACCAGAAUGGCACUCUUUCUGAAUGUUCUGUUUACACUAAAUGCACCUUAAGGCCAAUUCCACAGAUUAACUUAGCAAGAGUGUUUUUGCGCCGUUUUUAGUUGUGUGUUAAAAGUAGACCAGACGGAGUAACAACAAGAGCCAGAAUGUAAUUCGGAAAGAAAAUUAGUUUGAACCCGCAGUUUUCUCAGGAAAUUAAGCUUUGAUAUUGUAGAAAUUUAUAUUCAUUAUAUCUUAUUUUCUCAUUAAAAAAACAAACAAACAAACAAACAAACAAAUCCCCUUUUGCGUUUCAAUAACAGUCGGGAAUGCAAAUGUUUGAUUCUUUGUUUUGUUUUUUAGGAGUGGGAUUGGACAGUAAUGGAACAUGUUUUAACCGCGCUACCCGAGGUCUUACAAAAUAAGAACCUAAUACUAUCAGCCAAUCCUGCAUUGAACACGAUGACGUCAGUACUCUGUCACAUGGUAAGGCCCCACAUUUCGCGCCUUUACUCCAUCUUAGACCCGGUUCAGACGCUUUACUUCACAUGAGCCGAAUCGAAUUCAGUGAAUUACGUUCUUGUGAAGUACGACGUCUGAGUCAAUUCGAAAUAGGUUAUUGAAUUUGGAUCGGUUCAGCCGCUCAUCACACCUGACUUAGUCGGGGAUCGCAUCGGCUGUGGACCGUCGUAGAUCAAGAGAGAAUUCAGAUGAUAUUCGGAUGCGGAACUUCACUUCACCCCUUUUAGUCGAUUUCAUGAUCGCUUAGGUAUCCUAUUGCCGGCUUUUGUUAGAUCACUGUGUUUUCUUUUUUCUGUGCAGGUGUCAGAGCCUUCUUGUAUAAUUGACCUUCGUCGGGUUCCUCAUGGUGUGGGCAGAGCGGGAUUGCAGUCUCUUAUAUUUCCAGUGAGUAUCAGUUGAAUUUUGGUGCUCGUAGUUACCCAUCCUUAGCACCUGACAGGUUUUCCCUCAGUUUUACCAUAGAUUGGUCCAUUCAUUGCGUCUUGAUACUAAGCUACUCCAAAUGCAUAUUUUGCAGGUUUUAACAGUUCUCGCUACAUAUCAUUCCAGUCUUGACAGAGGCCGACAGGUGAGUUUAGCAUUUUUAGGUAAAAUCCGUCCAAACAGUAAGAUGUUCUCACUUCCUGAGUCUUUCGUACGUUUGUUGGGCAUAAUGAAAAGAUAAUGUACUGGUUUUCCAUAACUUCAGUAUGGUUUUAUUCUUGUGGCACUGCAGUUAAACCUUCAUGUGCGACCACAUCUUGAGAUACCACCCAUCCUAGAAAAACAAAAUAACCUCCCAAAAGCGCAAACCCAAAAUGCCAGAAUUUGAUGCUCAAAAGGAUGAUGUUUUACAAGUGUUCAGUUCUUUGAUUGGAAUACUGAACUUGGUAUUUUACAUAGGUAGUCUCAUAUGAGAGGUGGUCGCAAGUGCAGGUUCGAAGGAACCAACAAUAGUUUUCCAGUCAUAGCACUAUAAUGGUCGCUAACUGAAUGCUCCAGUGUUUAUGAAAUAGUAGUAAACUUUGUUUCUAAGGAAACUGUGAAAGGUUUGAACCUAGGAGUCAUUUCAUAAGUAAAGGACCACGUAGAGUAAAGGAGCACAGUCAGGACUACGCUAACCCGGCGACCAUGCUCCACCUAUGUGUGCCAUAGGAAAAGAACUCAAGGAAAUGACAGGGCAUGUUUUUUAACUUUUUUUUUCUUUUUUUGGCCAAAAGCAGGGUUCGCACAGUCUGGAAAAGUCCUUGAAUUUUCUUCAACUUUGAAUGUAGUGGUCUGGAAAGAGUUUUUUGAUGCUUUUUGGUUGUCUAAGACAGAAUAUAAAUCAUAGCUCAGAGAAUUGAAAGGUUAUUUACAUAAAGUGCUCUAUGUGUUAUGCAAUAAUUAAGCACCAAUUUAAGAUAAGUGAACUGAAAAAUGUAGAGAAGUUGGUGAAGCAAACGGUUCAAGCCUUUAAGUCUUAUUAGAAUAGACUGGGAAUGUGGAUUUUCGUUAUUACCUGUAAAAUUAUAUUCCUAGUAGGUGGUCCUUGAAAAGUCCAUAAAAAGUCCUUGAAAAAUGGUUCCAACUUUUUAUAUGAACCCUGAAAAGGGGUGUCCUUAUGGAACAGUUUGACUGUACUGAUCUUGUUUGCGUAUGCUUGACCUAGUUUGAGCUGGUCAGAACAUUGGAGUUGGGUUUAGUGACAAAGUGCGCCGUGCUGUGUGUCUCAUCUCUGACAUUGUGCACCAUGGAGAUGCAGGCAGUCAUGAAAAGGUUGGUACAUUACAUUAUUGUCUGACGUCUGAACUAUUCCUUUGGCAUACGUGCAAGGCUUUAGUCUAUUUUUAUCAGACCAGGCUUAAUGUCGGACUAUAAUUACACGGUACUACCUGUUUGUUGCUGUUACGUUUUGAUUUACGUUCGAAGUGAUUUUCCUUCCUAUUUCUAAAAAUGUAACCGGCUUUGCUUUCCAUGCUUCGUCCCUCGGGAUUCUUCGAAAACUUUGAGGACCAAACUAUUUUGUCUUGCUAGAUUGAAACUCUCAGUGUUGCGCUUUGUGUAAAGUAAUUUUUUAUCCUUUAAUUUUCCGUUUUCCAGCCUUCUUCCAGCGCUACUUGUCCGCUUGACCCAGAUCUCUGCAACCGUUUCCAUGGCAGCACCUAUGCUGGAGUUCCUCUCAGGUGUGUACUGAAAGUUGUUCACAUUUUAGGGGUUUAUUCAAAUUUUAAGUCCUUUUAUUUCCUCUGUCAUAAUUGUGGACGUACUUUUUUUAAACAGGUCUCGUUCAUUUACCUCAUUUGUACGCCAGUUUCCAGGACAGCCAAUAUAAAAGCGUAUUUGCUAUUUGUUUGCCAUACACAGAUCCAUUCAGGUAAGUCUUUGUUGUUGGCGAUUUUCUAAUCAGGGUUACUACGUUCAGGAAAAAAAAUCUGUGAAAACAAAUUUUUAAGUCACUGAAAAAGUCAAGGAAUUAUUUUUUAUUGCCCACAAAAACCCGUGAAAAGUGGUUGAAAAUGAAGGGAGGAAUAUUCAUCAGUUUGAUGGCGUCAUGAAAAAAGCUGAAGCAAACGUAAACUCGGAUUGGUUUUUGUUAAUAGACACCUAAUGCAAGGUCCGUGAAAAUUUCUAGAGGUAAGUAAAAAGUAAGGGAAAAUUCACAGCAUUUUUAUUUUGUUUCUGAUUAGUGGCAACCCUAUUGAGUAUUUUAUAGAGUUUGUACGAUUCUAUUUACCUACUUUGUCCACAAAUGUUAAGUUGUUGCGCGUUUGUUUCUCACACAGGUACUCUCAGUACACCGUGACACUUGCUUAUCACGUGAUUGCCGCGUGGUUUGUCCGGUCACGUGUAGCUUAUCGCAAAGCAUUUGUUGGAUUUGUCAGCAAGGUAAGAGAGUGUCUAUUUCUCAAUACUCUCCUCUAUGUUCUGUGAAUAUAAAUGUACCAUACAUACUGCUACGUCAACCAGCUACGAAUUCCAGUCCAACCUGGAACAAAAAAUGAGUCGACAGAAGUUCCAUCCCUGCCGGAGCUCUUUAUCUCUAGAUUUUAUUUCUUUGCUCAAAGCUCUUUAUUGUAAGUAUUGCUCUAUAUUCUUCCUUUUAUAGGUGUUCACGAGUAGAACUGUAUUUUUCCCAAAAACUAUAAACAACGAAAGGCUAAAACAAUUUAACGAAUCCAAAAACUACAACCGUCAAACCAAAAUUUACCCUUUCUCUGUCCUUACGCCACGUUGAUACGCUCUACAACUUAAUUAUUACCUGACACGAAUUGUAUAUUAAACAAGACUAUUUAUGGUAAUUUCCUGUCGUGCAGUCUCUUAGGGCACGAAAUAACGCUAGAUCAUUAAUCCUUCUAUCCAAUGGGAUUACUUAAUUAUUUCAUCCACUCUAUGGCAGGGUCUUAAAUCAAGUGCUAUAAUCCCGGAGCGUUAUGACGCAAGACCCGACAGCCCCGCUUUGGCGGCUUCCAGGGCCCAAAUGGGCAGCGUGAGUAAUCAGCCCUCGCCCCAGAUCACUCAUCGGUCAGUUUCGCCCGUGACCCAUAAAGAGACUGAAGCAGCGUGUGAACUGCAUUCCGAGAUGAGUGAAGUGUGUAUGGAUAUGAUGGCUAGGUACACAUUUGCUCCUUGUAUGUCACAACCCACCAGGUAAACAGUCUUGUAAAGUGGUUGUUCGAUAUUCAUAAGUAGUAAAACUUGUUUUUUAUCACCGUAGUUUUAUAUGCGCGCCGUUAUUGACUUGCUAGGAGAUCCAACAAGCAAAUAUUUCGACGAAGUUGCCAGGCGCAGAAGUAAAAAUACCCACCUUCAGUCAGAUUUUGACAACAAAUGCAUGUCGUCAUAGAUGUGUGCAUUGCAUUUUUGUAGCGGCGGGUCGAUGCAUUUGCUAAUAAAUUGUCGUUACUGGCAUCAAAGUGUUCUAACAUUGUACCGUUACUACUAUUACGAUCAUAAAUAUAAGUAUAUUUACGACGCUCUUAUAAUUAUUUUUUACAGAACAUUGACAGUAAGCCUGUAAAAUAUUUUGUUAUUUUUCCCUGACCAAACUGUUCCAGUGCUGAUCGAAGGAAUGCAAAAUCUUAAUGGAAUUAUUAUUCGUGUUCAGGACUAAAGCCGUAGAAUAUAUGCUGGCCAGCGGUCACUCCCGCACUUGGAUGAUUGGCAGCACGAUUGUAACUAUAACAACUUCCGGUACAUACAUCAGUUUGGAUGGAGUGUGUGAAAGCUGCUUUACACUGAGGCAAAGAACAGGUAACCUUGUUCACGGUGAGAAAGUUAAAGUCGAGAAAGGUCCUAAACAGCGAAAAAAGGCACCCGUUGGCUCGAAAGAAGAAUCUCCUUCUCAGGCCAUGAUCGACCACAUUCACGGCGCUGGUCCCGGUCCCGGUACUCAGGCCCCUUCUGGUGCUCAAAUGAGUGCUGAAGGUUCAAGCUUGGAAAAAACGGCUCUUCACAAGGUGCACUCUGUUGAUACUCCAAAGUUGAUGUCUGAAGCUCAUGGCAGCGUUGCUUCUGAGCGGAGAUUCAGCGAACCUCUCGUUCCUGUUAACCCCCAGAACUGUCAGUGUGUCUGCCAAGGAUGGGCAGAGAUAUUUAUCCGGCGACCCAGCGGCAACAUUUCUUGGAUCAUGCGCAUUCAGAAUAGGGAAUCAUCAAUNAUCUUAAUGGAAUUAUUAUUCGUGUUCAGGACUAAAGCCGUAGAAUAUAUGUUGGCCAGCGGUCACUCCCGCACUUGGAUGAUUGGCAACACGAUUGUAACUAUAACAACGUCCGGUACAUACAUCAGUUUGGAUGGAGUGUGUGAUAGCUGCUUAGCACUGAGGCAAAGAACAGCUAACCUUGGUCACGGUGAGAAAGUUAAAGUCGAUAAAGGUCUUAAACAGCGAAAAAAGGCACCCGUUGGCUCGAAAGAAGAAUCUCCUCCUCAGGCCAUGAUCGACCACAUUCACGGCGCUGGUCCCGGUCCCGGUACUCAGGCCCCUUCUGGUGCUCAAAUGAGCGCUGAAGGUUCAAGCUUGGAAAAAACGGCUCUUCACAAGGUGCACUCUGUUGAUACUGCAAAGUUGAUGUCUGAAGCUCAUGGCAGCGUUGUUUCUGAGCGGAGAUUUAGCGAACCUCUCGUUCCUGUUAACCCCCAGAACUGUCAGUGUGUCUGCCAAGGAUGGGCAGAGAUAUUUAUCCGGCGACCCAGCGGCAACAUUUCUUGGAUCAUGCGCAUUCAGAAUAGGGAAUCAUCAAUGCAUUUGGAUAGCGACAUUACCACAGCUGUGGUGGAUGAUCCCCAGAUUGGUGAAUGUAAGUUGACUUUUUAUUGCUGGUUAAAGGGGAGUUUGUAUUAUUAGUUAACGCAGCGAACCAGAAAUAAAUGGAUAUCUUUUAGAUACAUUAUUUGCACUAAAGUGCAAUUUGAAAUUUUUGGUUUUCUCUAAAUGUUAAACCAUGGGGUACUAGAAAUUGCACAGCCCACGUUUGCCUCUUACGCACUUCCCUACUGCUCUUACCAGACACCUAAAUCUUAAGCCAGCCAGAAAAAGAAAAACACACCGUAACCGUAUCACAGGAGAAAAGGAGCUUUAGCGACGACGAUGGCGACGGCAACGAGAACGUCUAAGAAAGCAAUAGGUUCAAUAUGUAAAACAGCAACUCUGCACGUGCAGCACACUUUUUGUACAUUUCUCUGCCGUCACUUCACAACUACAACUGCAAAUUCCAUCACGAGACGUUUUAUGGAGAACGUAAAUACACCUCGACGAAUUUUUCUUUCUCCUUGUUAACUUGGGUUUGGUCCCCACGAAUUCAUUUACAGGGAAAUUAAACUACAUUUGACUUUUUUAAGUGAGGUGAAAUAAUCGCUGCGUGCAAAACUGGACGUAUCCCAAUAAUCGCGGAAAAUUAAAAAAACAACGCUGUGGCCGUGGCCGUGGCUAUUGCUUAACCUUUUUAAUGUUUACUUUGCGGGCAGUGUUUUGGCCAGCAUAUUUUGGUUGGCAUCCUCAAGUGGCCCUGGAGACGAAGGUAAAAAAGAUGAAGUGUCUUCUCCAACCGCUUGGCGUUCAUAGGACACCCUGACGGCCCAUGAAACCAUUUAACCUAAUUGCCCCUCCCCUCUGUCCCCUGCUCAAUGCCCGCCAGGAUUAUUGGUGCUACUGUCAUACGUUUACCCACGUUGUUGGGACCAAAGAAACCGAAUAAUUCUUAACUGUUUUUUCUUUCCUUUCCCUUAGUUUUAUCUCCACCUAGCGACAAGCUUGAAGAGAUCCUGAGCACAAGCACAGAAAGUGGAUCCGUUAUUGUUGACGUUAUCCGGCAAACCAAGCCACCAGAGGGGAAGGGUGGGGUCGUCGACGCAGGUUGGUUUGUUUUAAUAUCAAAUGGUAGUGAAGUCCAGUUAAACACUUGAAGUAUGAAUCGCAAACAUUUGAAAGAGCCCCUGUACACUAUAAGGCUAUAUUGACACUAUACCAUGUAGCUUUUGCACUGGCACGAAAACCAUACCGGAUAGGGGUUCUGUUCACACAUAAGGACGGUUGUGGCGGUGCGAUUUCUGUUACGGAGCGAAGCUGCGCCGUGCUGAUCUCUAAAAUGGAGAGUCACCUUUUCUUUGCUAAUUUAUUCUUUACCUAUUCAAUUAGCGCAAUCUUAGGCCAUGGUGUAUUAAUUGCAAAAAGGGUGAAAUGUUCCAAACAGAUUGAAACAAGAACUUGUAUUCAUCAAUUGACGUAAACGGAGGUGACAGCAAACCCGCUGCAAAUGAAUAAGAGCGACGUAAGGCAAUUUUAAUUUAGUCCAAGUGUUUUAAAAGCCAAAUAAUGUUCUCUCUCUUUGGUUGCCGCCCCAAUUAGCCCUGGAAAACUCACCUUCUGCCUGGCAGCAAGACAGCGCUGAGGGAUACAAAAAUCUGGAGCCACCUCACCUUGACUCAGUGUCAAUGUACACACCUACUGGAAGCACAGAUUCACCGCCAAGUACACCUGCGGAUUCCAUGGAAUCAGAGUCAUUUGAGGCAAGAGGCAGGCUUCUUAGCAGAAGCCCAAGGAAGAAGCCGAGUUUUUUUACAGUGAGUUUGAAAUGUUUCAAGCUGCAAUUUCAUUAGCGCACUAGGAAUGUCUUUUGUUUGGGUCAAGCGAAAGAAACCGGCUUCUUAUGAUCUGUGUAAUUAAACUUUAUACAGUCGAACCCUGCUUUACGGGGACUUCGGCUUAGUACUGUCACCUCGUUAACUUAAGGUGGCUCGACGGGGUUUUUGUACUGCCUGACUACUUGCUUGUUCCUUGUAAGCAUUUUGUAUUGUCCAGAUUUUCAUACCAUCGUGAAUUACAAGCCACCAAGCUUGAAACUUGCCGCGCUUCAGUAACCACCGAACACUCUCAGAAUAUGGUAAUAAGGCGCUUUGCUUUGUGCAGUUACUGAAAGUAGCAAAACAAGAGAUCAAAUAAACCGACUUGGCUGCAAUACCGAAGCUUGAAAGCUAGAACAUUUACCGUUCUAAUGCAGUGAGGAAACAUUUGUGAGCAUUUUGCUGAAUCGUUGUUAUUAAAGGCUGAUUUAAGUGUGAAAAAACAAAACAAAAACAAAAACAAAAAACAAUACAAUACAAAAAAACAAAACAAAACAAAACAGAAAAAGACCCGCUAUAUUCGAAAGUGCACUCGAAGAAAUCAUCGAAACUUGGCCAAAGUGCUACCCAUAAUGUACAUUAUCCAUAGUUUAAACCGAUUGUUCUAAAGAAUUCGUUUCUUUUGGUAAAUACCAAAUAACAAACGUUUGCUAUGGCAACGUUGCGUUGGUAGGGACGCUCCGAUCUUCAAAAACCUAACUGAAUAUCAAACUUUAACGUAUUGCUAGUUUGCUUGUAACAUUGAUAUUGCGAGAAAAUCAUGUCCAAGUGUAUUACUCUGUUAAAUGACGACCAAUUUUCCUUGUGUUGAAUUCGUAAGGAUUCUAUCCAAGUUCACGAAGGGGGAAAGAAGAAUCUGUCGUUAAGUGUUCAUGUCCUCCAUAAAACUUCGCGUUAGGAAGUUCUACGUCAAACUCCUAAAGUGCUCGUCAAGAAAUGUACCAAAAAAGUGUGAUGCACAAUUAUUGCACGUGCAAUACAGUAAUUUGGAUCGAAACCCACCAACCAUGAGCGAGGUUUGUGAUACACCAAUCACCAACAACCACGGUGGUGCAAAUAGUACGACUCAGUAAAUCGACACUAUCUCCUGAUGAAGACCUGCAGUGUGCUGUCGAAACGUCGCGAUCAAUAUCAAAGUGACAAUCGUUAGACAAACGAUAAAAACUAAACCCUUUAUACACAUUAUCCACCAUGAUUAAUAUCUUUCAUGACACCUUUUUUGUUGUUGUUGACCUUCUUUUUUUUGUUGUUGUUGUUGACCUUCUUGGUGUUAUCGUGUUCGUGGUUUUAACCAAAGUUAUGCUUUCAAAAACUGACUCCUUUGUAUGAUAGCUACUACAGUUACUUCUUUGCCUUUUCUUCUUAACUACGACUCUGAGGUUUAAGAUCACUUUGUUGAUGAAAUAUCAGAUGUUUUGUUGGGUACUAAAGAAUUUUUUUUUAUUUCCUUAAUGAGUUGCUAUUAGUUUUUGAAGGUGAUGUAACAUGUCUUGUAUUUUACUGUAGAUGAGAGAGUCAGAGUCCUCAGACAUACUAGAAAGCCCAGAAACUACCUCCAUGCAAGGUAUGAUAACUCAAAAUCAUCAAGUUGAUGUUAACCAGGCAACAUGGGCAAAGCUGUUACCAAGUAGCAGUGUGCGUUUGAGACUGGUUUUCAAUCGAGAUUUCUCCGUGUUGCUGCACCAUGGGAUUAACUGAAAACAUCUGCUCAAAGAGGCUGGGUUAGCACCUUGUUACCUAACAAACCUUCACAGAAUUCUACGGAAAUGUAAUAUAACUGCAACAUACUUUAGAGGAACACUUGAGAAAUGCAAAAAAAAAAAACAUAAAAGAACGCUGGUGGGUGAAAUUGAAGAAUAUUAAACCGGAUGUCCAUUAACGUAAAAUUAAAAAACAACGACCUGCUUUUUCAAGUUUGUCAUAGUUUGUAUGAAAAUAUGACUUAUGAUGCAUAUUAUAUAUACAAUGCGGCGUUGAAGUUGUCAGCGAAAAGCUUUUCGUCUAACAAUUCGUACUUUAAACCUGCCAGUUAAUGAAAAUAGGCAAAAUUAUUGAAAGUAUCGUCCGUCAUCUAGCUUAGUAACUAGCCCCUUUUAGAAUUGUUAGCAAAGGAUUUAAGGGAGACGUGCCAUUCCCUUGAACCUAAAUCCAACUUCUAGCAUGUGUUUUCUUUACCAUCGCACUUUAAAAGUUGCCAAAGUCAAAAUUGAACAGAAAUUCAAAAUAUCAUUUUCAUGGGAAAGUAUUGCCAGUGAGGUUUUAUUUGAAUGGUCCAUAGGAUUUUGUCCACAGACUCAAAAGUUAGAGCCGCCUUACAAGAGACCAUCCCUCACUUUAGGAUUAAAAGGGCCAAGCACACGUACAUGUCUAUUUGUUGCAGCAACUUCUCAUGACUGAUGUCGAUGUUGAAUAUACAUAAAAUGUUCUGCAAUUGGUAUAGGAUUUAAUGGAGCCGAAACCAAUUGUGAAAUUGUAGAAUUGCACGCAUUUUAGGCAUCCUCCUGAUGAACAGUUGCGACACGUAGAUGUAUCUUUUUUAGCAACUUCUAUAAUUUGCAGUCUGUCCACUUUGAAUACAUUAUAACUGUAUGUUGAAUAAAUGGUAAAGAUUAUAUGUUAAUGAGUCCAUCAAAAUGGUUUUGUAAUCGUGUUAGGAUUUCCAGAUAUCCCGCAGGAUCAGACCAGGAAAGAAAUGACCUUUGAAAAGGUAAGAAUAAUAGUUGAUAGUGUGAUGUUCCGGUUCGGCUCUGCUUAAUUUCUAUUCUUUUCACUGGACGGGUAGAAUUGAGUCUUCAAGUUCACCCCUUCGAAUUCCUCUCAGUGCAAAUCGAUUUUAGUUCUUGGCGCUAAUUGAAUUCUUUGUUCUUCGGCUAAGUUGCUUCAUGGUGGGUGGAACUUUAGUUUUUCAAUAUUUUCAAAGAGACGGAAUUGUCUGCCCCAAACGCUGUUUUUGUUGUUGUUGGCCGUAACAGAGUACGGCGUAGGCAAAGCUUCUUAACUCCUUCUUUGGCCCCUCCUGCUGCCCCUGCAUUAUAUUCCGCAAAGCCUUCCCUCUCCUCUUUUUUCCCUUCUAAAUCUUUAUAAUUAUUUUUCUCUUCUCUACAUAGGUAUUUGUAUUCAACUUGUUUAGUGAUAUUUUGUGUGAGUGAAAUAGAAAUUGAACUGAAUUGAGACAAUUCUUUUUGGUCCAAUCACGGUUAUCUAUUGUUCGUAAGAUUAACAUAGCUUCACCAAGUAAUUUAACUCAAAUUUCCUUUAGGUCCUUGUUGCCUCCUUCUUUGCGUAUUUCACUGAUAACUUAUUACUUUGCUGGUUUUUAUUUUAGCCGCAACUUGGAGUCUCUCCCGCUGAGCACUUCCCAGUUUCCUCUCUGCCAGAAUACAGCCAGUGGCAACUGAAGAAAGCAGAGACCAAAUAUCUGUCAUCAUCUGAGAUGUACCGGGUAAGACUGGGCAGUAGGGAGGCAGUAUGUGCUACGAGAUCGUUUAGAUCUGUUUUCUGUGACUUUUGUGACACCAAUAAUAAAGAAUCAUAGGAUUGCUCAUCCCCUCCCUCCAGAAGUAGCAGAGCUGACGUGCUGUACACAGGUGUUUUCCCUCUUAUUAAUUUCUUUUUCGCUGCGAUGAAUCAGCACGGUGGCCGGGGAUGAAACUGGACUGCGUCCUAAUCGACGUUAAGCCCAUAAUACCCACUGAAGUCCCGAGAGCCUUGGCCACACCACCUGGAUCUUCGGUUUGUUGGAGAGGAGCAAUGGAGGGGUGCGCGAGAGAACGGGGAAACCGCGAGGAAAACCGGGCGUAAACCUUUCUGGCGACUUUGUUGCUCAUGUAGUGCUUUUUAUUUUAAGUUCGAAAAGAGAUAGUUCGGUGAAGGUACUGGUCUGUAGGUUUCUCCUCUUUAUCCCAGUUCACUAGAAUGUUGAGCCAUCUGUGGAUACUCUGGCAAAGGCAGCACCUUUAUUCGGAGUUGGUUUAAGACCCCGAGUAAUUGGUUCCGACCAAGGGCCUACCACUUUUGGGGUGUGGUACAAAAUUAAUGAACCAAACGUGGCAUACUUUUGUUAGCCUGCUCCACUAUUCGAGGUUAGAGUACGCCUGUGACGUAGGCUAAACUUAUGAUAGUGUUUGCGUUACUGUGUAGCUUGCAAGUGAUGAAGAGAGUGUCCAUUCGCUGAACAUUGACGACCAUGAUCACCAUCACACUGGUAAGUUUUGUCAGAGGGUAUUGCUUACAGACAAAAACCAGAUAGAAACAUACAGAUACAAGUUUGUUAUCUUCAGUGGUUAUUGUUAUUGACUGAAAGGAAGAAACUUGUUAGCAACGCUCUGCUUACUUGGCCAUUUCUCAUAGGAGAUAAGAAGACUGACCAACCGGGCAAAGACUAUCCGCAACAAUAUUCUACCACUCCAAAGAAGAUAGAGAGACCGAAGUCACUAACCCUCCAUACCCUGUCAGUGGAUCCGCCAGUGAUUCGAGAAAGCCCCGAGUUCGCUGCAGACAAGGUCUUUACAGAUCACGACAAAGCUGUAACGAGCGCAAACAAAGACAAGCUUCCCAGUCCUACGCGUUCACCUAAAGCGCGCGAAUCUUCCAAAGACCUGGACACUGAUCCCGAGGUAAAAUUUAAAUACAGUGCAGUCCUGAUUUCUCAAAAGUUCGACUUAUUCGAAAAAAAAUGGCUCCCUUUCCAGUCAGAUAGUAAUUUCACUACCAGUUUUCCAAACCUAAUGAUAAUUUAAACCAAAUCUCUUCUCCUGAGGUGCCCCGAAAAAUCGGAAUUCCAGUGAAAUGCUCGUGUUUGUUUUACUUGUGGUCUCUCGGUUAAGUGGUCAAAAUAAAUGUACUCGACGAAUACAUGCCUUGAGUAGGAAUGCUAGCGAUAUACAAAACACUCCUCAUUUGAUAACCCUGAUGGACACAAAUUUUUGGCGUCAAACUAAAAAAAAGUAUUAAUGAGGGAGCUCUGCAAACACCUUUUCAUGGAAGCGGGUGAAAAGGGUACCCACCAAGUGCUUAUGUCAAGCGACUCGCGAUUCCUCUAGAUUUAGGGGAAAUGUACUCUAGCUGAUUCGUUCGUGGUGGUCUCAUGCCGUUAUACGAAUUCUUAGAGAAAGACGUCCGAGAGAGAUGUCGUCUUUUAUUUGGCAACGUUACCCUGUUCGUCUCCUGGAACUUUCUAACCCCAUGUACAUGUCAAAGCUAGGACCAAGACUUUAGACGAGUCAGGUGUUGAAACCUUUAUUUUUCUUUCCAACGCUAUCUCCUAGGUCCCUAAAAAACCAAAGCUGAAGAAGUCGUCCAGCAUCAGUUCACCAAUCAGAGACAAGAAGAGCUUGGAUCACUCGGCCCAUUCCUCUUUCUCAUCUCCCCGUCAAGGAAAAAGUACGAUGGCUGUGAAAAGUAAAGAAGCCGAAGACAGACAUGGUUACAUGGGUUUCCUUGGAGAUCCAAAGAAGAGCUCCUCAUCACCAGAGCUUUCUUCGCCGCCAGCUGUUCAUAAAGGUAUCUUCUUAUCACGAGUACUGUACUUCGUCCUUCUGCUAAAGUUGCUGUGUAUCUUAGUAUAUUCUUGUAUAUCCCUUUCUUAUAAUAAAUUUCACUGUAAAUUUCUUCCCCGAUUCCCUAGUGCCACUUGUUAAAAGCGAAGGUGCCAAGCGGAAGAUGUCUCGCUCAAGAAUUGUUCCCCUAACGGGGGGUCCUCAGUUCAUAAAUAAGGGAUCCAAGUCAGCCCCAGUAGCGAGCGACCCUACAGAUUCGGGACCUAAAGAGCCCCCCAUUCUGGUGACUCCGUCAGAAUCAUUCAGGUAUCCCCUGGACCCGUGCUUCGUGUUCCUACAGCUGUAUCAUGCAUCAUUCCUGGGAGCCGCACACGAAAAACCACAGCCGGUACCUGAAGGCGAGGUAGAGUAAUAGCGCUAUGGUCUACGGAGUAGCAUAGAUCAACUUGACCUCUGUAAAGAAGACAUGAUUUCAAUGUACUGGUAUUUUUUGUUGUUGCUGCUGUUACGGUUAAGAAUUUGACUCUGAUAUUAAAUUAGUGGUGUCUGUUGCCACUGGGUGUACUUUGUCUGGUGCUGGCUGGCCGUGCUGGCUAUUUGCGGAGGUUCCAAUUUAAUUUUCUCUCGAAAGCGAUAUAACGAUGUGUCAGCUGGUUCAACAUGAUUGUUUUUCGUCACAUAGAUAAGAUACUACUAUUUAAGAUUUUCUUACAAAUACGAUAUGCAUUGUUAAACCCCUGCAUUUCGCUACUUUAGGUGGAAGACAUAGUUCUCAUUGUUUGAAUCCCCUGGUUUGAUAUUUUGGUAUUAAUUUUUUUGUGGGCGCUGGGAAAGGGGAUCAUUUGGCAUAACACCGCAGAGCGAAAGAAGGUUCGACCUUAAUAGGCCCAGCUAUUUCAUUUUCGAUCGAACUAGUGCUACAUUUAUCUAUUUAUUCCAAACGAUUAUUCUGUUAUCUGUUGGACAGGUCAUUGAGCGAGCCAUCAAGUGCCUUGACCGUAUCCCUCCCUAUGAUACACACAAGAUUGGUGUGAUUUAUGUUGGGCCUGGGCAACAUGACAACGAGGCUGCAAUCUUGAGAAAUGUUUACGGGUCAACCCGUUACAUGUCAUUUCUUGCGGGACUCGGCACUCUCGUUCGGCUUCGGGACUGCCCGCCAGCGGAGAUUUACACUGGUGGGCUGGAUAGAAAUGGCGAGGACGGUGAAUUUGCCUACAGCUGGCAGGAUGAUAUUUGUCAAGGUAACGGCCCUUCCUAAAGAAAAUUUAUUGACAAACACACUGAAAUAAGAAGUAAUCUCUGAAAUUUCUGCAGUCUUCCUUUCGCAUUUUACCAGCAGUCACUGUGUAUAACAUAAUAAAUAAACAAAGUAGUAGCAACGUGGUAGCUACAAUCGAAGCCCUCGUAAGCGACCACCUCGAAAAUUCGAAAAAGUGUUCGUAUCUAGAGCUGGUCGCUUACGAGAAUCAGUUCUCGUAAACGAUCGCAUGGUAAAACAAUAGAAGGUGGUCGCUUCAGAAAUCCAUUAAUAAUUAGUAAAGAAAAAACAAAAGAAAUUAACGUUAAAUGAGUGUCUUAAUAUCUGACAUAGACACAACGGUUAAACUUUACGUCCAAUUUUUUAGACCAUUAGUGCAGUGUACAGUUUCAUUUUCACUCUGAGUGGUCGCUUACGAGAGCUUUUCAUUACAAAGUUUAAGUCACAGUUCAAACGGAGUUUCACGAAGGUGGUCGUAACUAGAGCUGGUCGCUCACGAGAGUGGUCGUGAGGAGAGCUUCGACUGUAUUAAUUUGUUUAGUUCUCGCAGGGAUUAAAUCCAGGCAGUCAAAAGUGAGAAAAAUCUUGAACAUCAAUCCAACAACACUAAGUGGUGUACCAAGGAUUUCAUGUAUUUUUUGUAAAGUAGAAUUUAGCACAAAAACCACUGUUUAACGGUUGGGGAAAGGGGAGUGGUUAAUUAAUCUACAGCCAACAAAAAGAAGAGGGGAAAUGGUGUCAAGAACAAGGAAAUGAAUACUAUUCUACGUGCUUCUUUAAUUUCAGAUCUACUUUCUCGAGGAAAAAGUCAAUCGUUUUUUUUUUAUUUUUCGUUUUUUAGUUAUCUUCCAUGUUGCCACACUGAUGCCGACCCGUGAAUCCGACUCAGGCUGUAACUCGAAGAAGAUGCACAUUGGUAACGACUUUGUAACCAUCGUCUACAAUGACUCCCAGCAGACGGUAAAAUUUGGCACGAUCAAGGUAACAUACCUUCAAGAAAAAAUGCUUGACAAGGUUUUCGUCGUUUUUGUUGACAUCGGGGUCCCUCCCCUCGGUAUUUCUGUCUGAGAAACCAACUUUGGUUUGUUCCUCUUUCGUGCCUUUGGUACGUUGGCUUGAGCAGCUUCUUUUUAUAUUGCUUGCUUGUUUGGUUUUGCCUUAUCUCUUGAUAUUGUGCUGUUUCAGUAUCUAACAGUACUACAAUUAUAGCUUUCAGUUUAUAAAGGCACAUUUAAAGAUUUCACCCACAAACCAAAUGUUAGCACCAUCCUGGGCUGUGCAAUAAACAGGUCACAGAUGGUUGUUUCUCAGUGGCUGUAAUUUAGAGUCGAACUUUACUCUGAAGAAUUAAAUUUUGAGGCCAAUUUUUAAUCAAUAAAAGGGAUUAUGAAAAAGGACAUUGCUACCCCAAUUAGAAUCGUCUUGGUUUUUUUCUCCGUUUUACUUCUUAACAGGAGCACGAUGCACGAAAAGAAGAUAAAACAAUUUGGAUUGACAUUUUGGUUAACUUAAGCUUUUUAAUCGUUUUAUUUUAGUUUUCAUUUUUUUUUCUCUUAUUUUCUUUGCCAGGGUCAGUUCAAUUUUGCUGAAGUGUUGGUUAAACCGCUUGAUAAUGCAUCUAACAUGGUGUCCCUGCGGUUCAAAGAUGAGCUAAAGGAUCUGCUGACUGACACAGGGCCCCGAGUCAUCUCUGAUGACAACCUUCCUCGCUUGGUACGGCAGUUGGUCGUGCACAUUAACGUAAGUCAAUGUCAUGCACUGUUAAGUGUUCAGAUUUUUUUCCCGAAAAAAAAUCAAAUAAAAUCUUUGAUGACUUAGUAAAACUCAAAUUUAGCGACGAAAUACAUUAUGAGAUUUACAUCUAGGCCAAUCGUUUACAGUUUGUCGGAUGUGUUAACACCCAGGCUCAAGUACAGAUUGAGACAACCUUUUGCAAUUCGUAAAUUCCUUAACAAUAAUUUGUACUGGUAUCGAGAAAUUCAUACAUAACUUGUUAUCAGUGUAAAUGAAACAAAUUGGUCGUUGUCUACUAGAUAUUUUGCAGGAUAUUACACUGCCUUAUAGACCAAAUUUGGUCAUAGUUUUUGUUUCCUGUCGUCUUUCGUAGUCCUGCUACCAUUGCGUUCGACGUUAGGAGAACGCAACUCCUAAUCUGUUUGCGUAUUUCGUCGUUCUUCCGCCUUUCCAGCGGCAUCUUGAAUUACUUCACGUGCAGACCAUGGUAACGUGGUAGGCAACGACGCAUGUAUAAUCGAACCGGCGUGGGCGAGAAAUUAAAACAGAAUUCUCGACUGUUAUUGUUGGCAAUUUUCAACUUGACCCGGCUUUGCAAACAAUCCAUUGUAUUCAUUGUGCAGCUUGUUUUAUGAUGUUGGCUUGAUAUACUUUGCGUUAUCGUUGUAAUUUAUACAACUUUGCAUUUCAUCAGCAUUUCCGUGCACACCUCUACGCACUUUAUAAUCUACGAUUAAUGCUAGUUUUAUAUCUUAAUCUUGACGUUUUCUUUCAUUUCCCUACAGAUGGCAUCUGUUAUUCACCAAAGUCAAAAGCGGCCAACAGACGCUUACGGAUGUAAUUGGCUAGAGAGGUUACGUCAGAUUAAACGAGUGCGCUCAAAGGCGACGGCAGAGAAUUUUUCAGUUCCCAGCAGCCCCAUGGGUAAGGCCUCACCCUCACCUGGGCUGCGCCCUUCGUCUUCACUGGUCACAGGUCUCACAGAUUUCACAGAGUAUAUUAUGAGAUAA